AUGACUUCAGAAAAGGUGGUAGUAGGCGUUUCGAAUUUGCCAAACCAACGGUACAAAAUCGUUUCUGAGAAUGGUGGGAUUUUCACCAUGAUGGUGUGUGGUGAAUCUGGCCUUGGAAAGACCACCUUCGUCAACACCUUGUUCCAAACAACGCUGAAGCAUGCGGACCCGCAGCAACGCCGCCACCAGCCGAUCAAGAGAACUGUGGAGAUCGACGUGUUGCGUGCAGUCUUGGAGGAAAAGAACUUUUCGCUCAGAGUCAACGUCAUCGACACUCCAGGGUUCGGCGACAACGUCAACAACAACAAAUCCUGGCAAACUAUUGUCGACUUUAUCGACGAGCAACACGACUCGUACAUGCGCCAGGAACAACAGCCCCAUCGCGACGUGAGGUUUGACCUGAGGGUCCACGCCGUACUGUACUUCAUCCGUCCCACGGGCCACGGGCUUAAGCCACUGGACAUCGAGACCAUGAAACGCAUCUCGACGAGGGCCAAUUUGAUCCCCGUGAUCGCCAAGUCUGACACCCUGACUGCCAAGGAACUACAAGAGUUCAAGCUUCGGAUCAGGCAGGUGGUUGAGGCCCAAGAGAUCCGCAUCUUCACCCCUCCUCUGGACGAAUCCGAAGUUCCUGAUCCUGCAGUUAUGGAGCACGCCAGACAACUGAUCGAGUCCAUGCCGUUUGCCGUCGUAGGCUCAGAGGCCAAGUUCGACAACGGGCAGGGCUCCGUGGUACCAGCAAGGAAAUACCCAUGGGGUUUAGUGGAGGUGGAAAACGACAGCCAUUGCGAUUUCCGUAAGCUAAGAAGUUUGCUACUGAGAACGAAUCUGCUCGAUCUAGUUCUGUCCACAGAAGAAUUGCAUUUUGAAGCCUACAGAAAACUUCGCCUGGAAGGGUCCGGCGCAAGCGACGACCAAUCGGUGCCCGCCCGUGCACCUGCUAGGAAGCUUUCGCAUAAUCCUCAAUUCAAAGAAGAGGAGAAUGCUCUGAAGAAGUACUUCACAGAUCAAGUGAAAGCGGAGGAGCAAAGGUUCAGACAGUGGGAACAGAACAUUGUCAACGAGAGAAUCAGGUUGAACGGUGAUCUAGAGGAAGUCCAGGCAAAGGUUAAAAAGUUGGAAGAGCAAGUUAGGUCGUUACAAUUGAGGAAGCACUAG